AAUUGCUCUUGGAUCCUUCUGUUUACAAUGGCCCAGAGAACCGGACUCGAAGACCCAGAGAGGUACCUCUUUGUGGACAGAGCGGUCAUCUACAACCCUGCCACUCAGGCCGACUGGACGGCUAAAAAGCUAGUGUGGAUCCCGUCGGAACGCCAUGGUUUCGAGGCAGCCAGUAUCAAGGAAGAGCGGGGAGAUGAGGUCAUGGUGGAGUUGGCCGAGAAUGGAAAGAAGGCGAUGGUCAACAAAGAUGACAUCCAGAAGAUGAACCCACCUAAGUUUUCCAAGGUGGAGGAUAUGGCGGAAUUGACGUGCUUGAACGAAGCUUCUGUGUUACACAACCUGAAGGACCGCUACUAUUCAGGACUUAUCUACACUUAUUCUGGACUCUUCUGUGUAGUCAUAAACCCUUACAAGAAUCUUCCAAUCUACUCUGAGAAUAUCAUUGAAAUGUACAGAGGGAAGAAACGCCACGAGAUGCCUCCACACAUCUACGCUAUCUCUGAAUCUGCUUAUAGAUGCAUGCUUCAAGAUCGUGAGGACCAGUCAAUUCUUUGCACGGGUGAAUCAGGUGCUGGGAAGACAGAAAAUACUAAGAAAGUCAUUCAGUACCUUGCUCAUGUCGCUUCUUCGCACAAAGGACGGAAGGACCAUAAUAUUCCUCAGGAAUCGCCAAAACCAGUGAAGCAUCAGGGGGAACUUGAACGGCAGCUCUUACAAGCGAAUCCAAUCCUGGAAUCAUUCGGAAACGCGAAGACCGUGAAAAAUGAUAACUCAUCUCGUUUUGGCAAGUUCAUCCGCAUCAACUUUGAUGUAACUGGCUACAUCGUUGGGGCCAACAUUGAAACAUGUAUCCUUUUCCGAGUUCGAGCCCCGCGUCGGGCUCUCUUAUGGCGGACUUUUGUGCAUGUAUUUUGACAGAAACUCUCGGCAGGAGAGCACAUGAUACCUGAUCUGCUCCUUGAAGGAUUUAAUAACUACAGAUUUCUCUCCAAUGGCUACAUUCCCAUUCCGGGACAGCAAGACAAAGAUAACUUUCAGGAGACCAUGGAAGCAAUGCACAUAAUGGGCUUCUCUCACGAGGAAAUUCUCUCAAUGCUUAAAGUGGUAUCUUCAGUGCUACAGUUUGGAAACAUUUCUUUCAAAAAGGAGCGAAAUACUGACCAAGCGUCCAUGCCAGAAAAUACAGUUGCACAGAAACUCUGCCAUCUUCUGGGGAUGAAUGUGAUGGAGUUCACUCGGGCUAUCCUCACCCCCCGGAUCAAGGUCGGCCGAGACUAUGUGCAGAAAGCCCAGACCAAAGAACAAGCAGAUUUUGCAGUAGAAGCACUGGCGAAAGCUACCUAUGAGCGGCUCUUUCGCUGGCUCGUCCACCGCAUCAACAAAGCUCUGGACAGGACCAAGCGUCAGGGCGCAUCUUUCAUCGGAAUCCUGGACAUUGCUGGAUUCGAAAUAUUUGAGCUGAACUCCUUCGAGCAGCUCUGCAUCAACUACACCAACGAGAAGCUGCAGCAGCUCUUCAACCACACGAUGUUCGUGCUGGAGCAGGAGGAGUACCAGCGCGAGGGCAUCGAGUGGAGCUUCAUCGACUUUGGCCUUGACCUGCAGCCCUGCAUCGACCUCAUCGAGAGACCCGCCAACCCCCCCGGCGUGCUGGCCCUUCUGGACGAAGAGUGCUGGUUCCCGAAGGCCACGGAUAAGACCUUUGUCGAAAAACUAGUUCAAGAGCAAGGCUCCCACUCCAAGUUUCAGAAACCCCGGCAACUGAAAGACAAAGCAGACUUCUGCAUCAUCCAUUACGCGGGGAAGGUGGACUACAAGGCAGACGAGUGGCUGAUGAAGAACAUGGACCCGCUGAACGACAACGUGGCCACCCUCCUGCAUCAGUCGUCGGACAGAUUCGUGGCAGAGCUUUGGAAGGACGAGAUUCAGAAUAUUCAGAGAGCUUCUUUCUAUGACAGUGUUUCUGGUCUUCAUGAGCCACCAGUGGACCGCAUUGUGGGUCUGGAUCAAGUUACUGGCAUGACGGAGACCGCUUUUGGCUCUGCCUACAAAACCAAGAAGGGCAUGUUCCGUACCGUGGGGCAGCUCUACAAGGAGUCCCUCACCAAGCUGAUGGCGACGCUCCGAAACACCAACCCCAACUUUGUCCGCUGCAUCAUCCCGAACCACGAGAAGCGGGCUGGAAAACUGGAUCCGCAUCUGGUGCUGGACCAGCUUCGCUGCAACGGAGUCCUGGAGGGAAUCCGGAUCUGCCGCCAGGGCUUCCCCAACCGGAUAGUUUUCCAGGAAUUCAGACAGAGAUACGAGAUCCUGACUCCAAAUGCUAUUCCCAAGGGUUUCAUGGACGGCAAACAGGCUUGUGAGCGAAUGAUCAGGGCUUUAGAAUUGGACCCAAACUUGUACAGAAUCGGACAGAGCAAGAUAUUUUUCAGAGCUGGCGUUUUGGCGCACUUAGAGGAAGAAAGAGAUUUAAAAAUUACCGACAUCAUCAUCUUCUUCCAGGCCGUUUGCAGAGGUUACCUGGCCAGAAAGGCCUUCGCCAAGAAGCAGCAGCAGCUGAGCGCCCUGAAGGUCCUGCAGCGGAACUGCGCCGCCUACCUGAAGCUCCGUCACUGGCAGUGGUGGCGCGUCUUCACCAAGGUGAAGCCACUCCUCCAAGUGACCCGCCAGGAGGAGGAGCUUCAGGCCAAGGACGAGGAGCUGCUGAAGGUUAAGGAGAAGCAGACGAAGGUGGAGGGCGAGCUGGAGGAGAUGGAACGCAAGCACCAGCAGCUUCUGGAGGAGAAGAACAUCCUGGCGGAGCAGCUGCAGGCGGAGACGGAGCUCUUUGCGGAAGCGGAAGAGAUGAGGGCGAGGCUCGCCGCUAAGAAGCAGGAGCUGGAGGAGAUCCUCCACGACCUGGAAUCCAGGGUUGAAGAAGAAGAAGAAAGAAACCAAAUCCUCCAGAACGAAAAGAAGAAGAUGCAAGCACACAUUCAGGACUUGGAGGAGCAGCUGGACGAGGAGGAAGGGGCUCGCCAGAAACUCCAGCUGGAGAAGGUGACGGCAGAGGCGAAGACCAAGAAGAUGGAGGAGGAGAUCCUGCUUCUCGAGGACCAAAACUCCAAAUUUAUCAAAGAAAAGAAACUCUUGGAGGAUCGCAUCGCGGAGUGCUCCUCUCAGCUGGCUGAAGAGGAAGAAAAGGCCAAAAAUUUGGCCAAAAUCAGAAAUAAGCAAGAAGUGAUGAUCUCAGAUUUAGAAGAACGCUUAAAGAAGGAAGAAAAGACCCGUCAGGAGCUGGAAAAGGCCAAGAGAAAACUCGACGGAGAGACCACCGACCUGCAGGACCAGAUCGCGGAGCUGCAGGCGCAGAUCGACGAGCUCAAGGUCCAGCUGGCCAAGAAGGAGGAGGAGCUGCAGGGCGCGCUGGCCAGGGGCGACGACGAGACGCUCCACAAGAACAACGCGCUCAAGGUGGUGCGCGAGCUGCAAGCCCAGAUCGCCGAGCUGCAGGAGGACUUCGAAUCGGAGAAGGCUUCGCGGAACAAGGCGGAGAAGCAGAAGCGGGACUUGAGUGAAGAGCUGGAGGCCUUGAAAACGGAGCUGGAGGACACCCUGGACACCACCGCGGCUCAGCAGGAACUUCGCACCAAACGUGAACAAGAGGUGGCAGAGUUGAAGAAGGCUCUGGAGGAAGAGACCAGGAACCACGAAGCCCAAAUCCAGGACAUGCGACAGAGACACGCCACAGCCCUGGAGGAACUCUCGGAGCAGCUGGAACAGGCCAAGAGGUUCAAGGCAAAUCUGGAGAAGAACAAGCAGGGCCUGGAGACUGACAACAAAGAGCUGGCGUGUGAGGUCAAGGUGCUGCAGCAGGUCAAGGCCGAGUCUGAGCACAAGAGGAAGAAACUGGACGCGCAGGUGCAGGAGCUCCACGCCAAGGUCUCGGAAGGAGACAGACUCCGGGUGGAGCUGGCCGAGAAAGCAAACAAGUUACAGAAUGAAUUGGAUAAUGUCUCCACGCUUCUGGAAGAAGCCGAGAAGAAGGGUAUUAAAUUUGCCAAGGACGCAGCCAGUCUGGAAUCUCAACUACAGGACACACAGGAGCUUCUUCAGGAGGAGACGCGCCAAAAGCUGAACCUGAGCAGUCGCAUCCGGCAGCUGGAGGAGGAGAAGAACGGCCUCCAGGAGCAGCAGGAGGAGGAAGAGGAGGCCAGGAAGAACCUGGAGAAACAAGUGCUGGCCCUGCAGUCUCAGCUGACAGAUACCAAGAAGAAAGUAGACGAUGACUUAGGAACAAUUGAAAGUUUGGAAGAAGCCAGAAAGAAGCUCCUGAAGGACGCGGAGGCGCUGGGCCAGCGCCUGGAGGAGAAGGCUUCGGCCUACGACAAGCUGGAGAAGACCAAAAACCGCCUGCAGCAGGAGCUCGACGACCUGACGGUGGACCUGGACCAACAGCGCCAGAUCGCCUCCAACUUGGAGAAGAAGCAGAAGAAGUUCGACCAGCUGUUGGCAGAAGAGAAGAACGUCUCUGCUCGCUAUGCAGAGGAGCGAGACCGCGCGGAGGCAGAGGCCAGGGAGAAGGAAACCAAAGCCCUGUCCCUGGCGCGGGCCCUCGAGGAGGCCCUGGAGGCCAAGGAGGAGUACGAGAGGCAGAACAAGCAGCUUCGAGCGGACAUGGAAGACCUGAUGAGCUCCAAGGACGACGUGGGGAAGAACGUGCACGAACUUGAGAAGUCCAAACGGGCGCUAGAGCAGCAGGUGGAGGAGAUGAGAACCCAGCUGGAGGAGCUGGAAGAUGAACUUCAGGCCACAGAGGACGCCAAGCUUCGCCUAGAGGUCAACAUGCAGGCCAUGAAGGCCCAGUUUGAGAGGGACCUGCAGACCAGAGAUGAACAGAACGAGGAGAAGAAGCGGCUGCUGGUUAAACAGGUGCGGGAGCUGGAGGCGGAGCUGGAGGACGAGCGGAAGCAGCGGGCGCUGGCGGUCGCGUCCAAGAAGAAACUGGAAAUAGACCUGAAGGACCUGGAAGCUCAGAUGGAGGCCGCGAACAAAGCCAGGGACGAGGUGGUCAAGCAGCUCCGCAAGCUUCAGGCUCAGAUGAAGGAUUACCAACGUGAAUUAGAAGAAGCUCGUGCAUCCCGGGAUGAGAUUUUUGCUCAAUCCAAAGAGAGUGAAAAGAAACUCAAGAGUCUAGAAGCCGAAAUCCUUCAAUUGCAAGAGGAACUCGCCUCCUCUGAGCGAGCCCGCCGCCACGCCGAGCAGGAGAGGGACGAGCUGGCCGACGAGAUCGCCAACAGCGCCUCUGGCAAGUCUGCGCUGCUGGAUGAGAAGCGGCGUCUGGAGGCGCGGAUCGCGCAGCUGGAGGAGGAGCUGGAAGAGGAGCAGAGCAACACGGAGCUGCUCAACGACCGCUUCCGCAAGACCACGCUGCAGGUGGACACGCUGAACGCAGAGCUGGCGGCCGAGCGCAGCGCCGCCCAGAAGAGUGACAACGCGCGCCAGCAGCUGGAGCGGCAGAACAAGGAGCUCAAGGCCAAGCUGCAGGAACUGGAGGGCACCGUCAAGUCCAAGUUCAAGGCCACCAUCUCGGCCCUGGAAGCCAAGAUCGGGCAGCUGGAGGAGCAGCUGGAGCAGGAAGCCAAGGAACGGGCAGCCGCCAACAAGCUAGUCCGCCGCACGGAGAAGAAGCUGAAGGAGAUCUUCAUGCAGGUGGAAGACGAACGUCGCCAUGCAGAUCAGUACAAAGAACAGAUGGAGAAGGCCAACGCCAGGAUGAAGCAGCUGAAACGGCAGCUGGAGGAAGCAGAAGAGGAAGCCACGCGUGCCAACGCGUCUCGGCGUAAACUCCAGCGGGAACUGGACGAUGCCACGGAGGCCAACGAGGGCCUGAGCCGCGAGGUCAGCACUCUGAAGAACCGGCUGAGGCGGGGCGGCCCCAUCAGCUUCUCCUCCAGCCGGUCUGGCCGGCGUCAGCUGCACAUCGAAGGGGCCUCGCUGGAGCUGUCGGACGACGACACGGAGAGUAAGACCAGCGACGUCAACGAGACGCAGCCGCCCCAGUCCGAGUAG